AGCCAAAGGCUUUUCUUUCCUAACAAGAAAGGGGAGUUCCGAUUCAUCUAACCCCUUUUGUAUAAAUAUCUCAAUCUCUCUCGUCUUUCAGAUCCCAAUCACUAUUUCCCUUCCUUCCCACAUUCCUUCUUCUUCUUCGUUUUCUCCUUGCCAAAUUCUCUCUCUUUCGCCAUGUCUAACCAAGCUGAAUCCUCUGAUUCGAAGGGAACAAAGAGGGAUUUCAGCACCGCGAUUCUUGAGCGGAAGAAGGCGGCGAAUCGGCUCGUCGUCGAUGAGGCCGUCAACGACGACAACUCCGUCGUCUCGCUCCACCCCGAGACCAUGGAGAAGCUCCAGCUCUUCCGCGGCGACACGAUCCUCAUCAAGGGUAAGAAAAGGAAGGACACCAUCUGUAUUGCUCUUGCUGAUGAUACGUGCGAUGAGCCAAAGAUAAGGAUGAACAAAGUUGUACGGAGCAAUUUGAGGGUUAGGCUUGGUGAUGUCGUUUCUGUGCACCAGUGUCCGGAUGUCAAAUAUGGAAAGCGUGUCCACAUUCUUCCCAUUGAUGACACCAUUGAGGGAGUAACUGGGAAUCUUUUUGAUGCAUACUUGAAGCCCUAUUUCCUGGAAGCUUAUCGCCCAGUAAGGAAGGGUGAUCUCUUUCUUGUGAGAGGAGGAAUGAGGAGCGUUGAAUUCAAGGUUAUUGAAACUGAACCUGCUGAGUAUUGUGUGGUUGCCCCUGACACUGAGAUCUUCUGUGAGGGGGAGCCUGUGAGAAGGGAGGAUGAGGAUAGAUUGGAUGAGGUUGGUUACGAUGAUGUUGGUGGUGUCAGAAAACAGAUGGCUCAGAUUCGGGAGCUUGUGGAGCUGCCGCUUAGGCAUCCACAGCUAUUCAAAUCAAUUGGAGUUAAGCCACCAAAGGGAAUUCUAUUGUAUGGACCUCCAGGUUCUGGAAAGACUCUGAUUGCCCGAGCUGUUGCAAAUGAAACUGGUGCAUUCUUUUUCUGCAUUAAUGGACCAGAAAUCAUGUCUAAAUUGGCUGGAGAGAGUGAAAGCAAUUUGAGGAAAGCUUUUGAGGAAGCAGAGAAGAAUGCUCCAUCUAUUAUAUUUAUUGAUGAGAUUGAUUCUAUUGCUCCGAAGAGAGAGAAGACUCAUGGAGAAGUUGAGAGGAGAAUCGUCUCCCAGCUAUUGACUCUCAUGGAUGGACUGAAAUCUCGUGCACAUGUUAUUGUGAUUGGUGCUACCAAUCGUCCCAACAGUAUUGACCCAGCUCUGAGAAGGUUUGGCAGAUUUGAUAGGGAAAUAGAUAUUGGUGUUCCAGAUGAAGUUGGGCGUCUUGAGGUCCUUCGUAUUCAUACAAAGAAUAUGAAACUUUCCGUUGAUGUUGAUUUGGAAAGAAUAGCAAAGGACACACAUGGUUAUGUUGGUGCUGAUCUGGCUGCUUUGUGUACCGAGGCUGCACUUCAGUGCAUUAGAGAGAAGAUGGAUGUUAUUGACUUAGAAGAUGACUCAAUAGAUGCUGAGAUACUCAAUUCAAUGGCUGUUACAAAUGAGCACUUCCAGACUGCUCUUGGCACAAGCAAUCCAUCUGCCCUCCGUGAAACUGUUGUUGAGGUGCCCAAUGUUAGUUGGGAGGAUAUUGGAGGUCUUGAGAAUGUCAAGAGGGAGCUCCAAGAGACUGUUCAGUAUCCAGUGGAGCAUCCUGAGAAAUUUGAGAAGUUUGGAAUGUCACCUUCGAAGGGAGUUCUGUUCUAUGGACCUCCUGGAUGUGGAAAGACUCUUCUUGCCAAAGCUAUUGCCAAUGAAUGUCAGGCCAACUUCAUCAGUGUCAAGGGUCCUGAAUUGCUUACAAUGUGGUUCGGAGAGAGUGAGGCUAAUGUUCGGGAAAUUUUUGACAAGGCCCGCGGAUCUGCUCCUUGUGUCCUGUUCUUUGAUGAACUUGAUUCAAUUGCUACUCAGAGAGGUAGCAGUGUAGGGGAUGCCGGUGGUGCUGCUGAUAGAGUUUUGAACCAACUGCUCACUGAAAUGGAUGGCAUGUCUGCCAAGAAAACCGUGUUUAUCAUUGGUGCCACUAACAGACCAGACAUUAUAGACCCUGCACUCCUGCGUCCAGGCCGUCUUGAUCAGUUGAUUUAUAUCCCUCUCCCUGAUGAGGAAUCUCGUUACCAAAUAUUUAAGUCCUGCCUGAGGAAAUCGCCAGUCUCCAAAGAUGUCGACCUCCAUGCCCUUGCCAAGUACACUCAAGGAUUCAGUGGUGCCGAUAUCACUGAGAUAUGCCAGCGCGCAUGCAAAUACGCUAUCAGAGAGAACAUUGAGAAAGAUAUUGAGAGGGAAAGGAGGAGAAAGGAUAAUCCCGAGGCUAUGGAGGAGGAUGUAGAGGAUGAAGUUGCAGAGAUCAAGGCAGCUCACUUUGAGGAAUCAAUGAAGUAUGCUAGGAGGAGUGUAAGCGAUGCUGAUAUCCGCAAAUACCAGGCAUUUGCACAGACGUUGCAGCAGUCGAGAGGGUUUGGAAGCGAAUUCAGGUUCCCGGAUACUGGUGCUGCAGCUGCUGGGUCCGAUCCUUUUGCAGCCUCUGCUGGUGGGGCUGAUGAAGACGACCUUUACAGUUAGGGCUUUUCUUUGAUGUGUUUCUAUUUAAGUUUGCAAAGGUGCCUUGACUGUGCUGAAGGCCGAUUGGAAUCUCUUUUGUGCCAGUGGGAUUGCUCCUGGAUGCUAUUUAAUUUUAGUUUAUAGACAUUGUUACUUGAUUAUCUUUUAUGAUAUAUUGAAUACUUGAAUAUGACGAACCUUUUACAUCCAUAAUGUUUUUGAUGAGAUUACAUA